AUGUUCUUCAACACCAAGUCCAUUGUUCUCUUCGGUCUCAUGGCUCUGACUUCGGCUUCCCCCGUGGCUGAGUUCAGCAAGCGCGCAAAGCUCGGUGACUUCAAGUGCCCGGAUGGUACGACCAUCUCCGAGAGCGAUAUCCGAACAGCCUACCACGAGUGCCGUCGGGUCGAUGAUCGCACCUAUGGACGGUACCCAGCCUACUUUGGUAACCAGGCCGGUAACGGCAAAGUCUUUUCCAACAUCCCCGACGGCACAGAUUUGCGAGAGUUCCCCAUUGUCAUUGGCGGAGGACCAUACACUGGUGGUGAGCCUGGCGCGUACCGCGUGGUCACCGACUACAAGGAUAACCGUGGUGAUUUCCGCGGAGUGAUGCAGCACACCGGUGCUACUGUCGGGGGCGCCUAUACGGCCUGCGAAAAGGUGUAA